GGGUUGUACUCGCCCAAAUAGCUUGAUUAAGGUGUCCUUGGAUAGACUUUGAAGUCUAUUUUCAUUAUUGAGUGGUCUCUGUUCGAGAGGAGAGGGUAAUCAUACAAAAGUCGAGCUGGAGUGAGCAGGGGUCUGUAAACUCGAGCUCUGAGAGUGCUGAAGCUGUUUGGUGGAUAUCUCGAGUUAUACCAAUCCAAUUAAGGCGUAUAAGAUACCAAAAGAAAUCUCUCAAGACGAGGAAUCCGUGAAGGUCUGGUUUGCAUCAAUCGGAGUAGUGGAAGGCUUCCAAAUCGUCCGAGCAAAACGCAACCUCGCAGAAACGGAUCUACUCCUCUAAAGAAACGAGCUAAUCGGUAAACACCCAUUCUAGGGGCUGUUUUCGUAUCAACGUUUGAGGGUUGAGCUAGCACUUUGAGGAGGCUGUUUAACACUCAUAAUUAAGCAAGGAAUCAGUUCUUAAUCCACCUUGGCCAAAGCUUUGACCAUUGGAUCAAGAAGGAAAAGUUUAAAGCUCAAUUAAGGUUGAGGCUAGAGCUUGCAUCUUGUGCUCGUUGAUCGAGUGAUUCCUAGGAGAGAAGACUUGAAAUGGACCGUGGUGGCAGGAUUACUAGGAGAAACCCGACGGGCCGUGUACCAGUGGAGACUGGACAGGGCAGUCGAAGGACCUCUAGGGCAUCUAGAGGAGCUGGCCGUGGAGGCCGAUCACAGACCGUGAGUGACGGUCAUGUUGACACAGAAAGUGAAACCUACUGGUCCUAUGAGGACUCGACUUACCAACCGGAGACUGAGCCGGUUGAGACCCCUUACGAAGGGGAUGACGAUGAUGUAAGUGAUGAAGAAGGGGAGAAUGACUCCCUAGCCAGAAUUGAGGCGCUGCUCCAGCAAUAUCAGCGGGAGCGCGAGGAAAGGAGGGAACGCCGAAGGCGCCGAGGAGGGCGAACUUCGGGAGGGGCUUCAAGAGGAAGAAGCCAUGGCGACUCUAGGGCCCACAUUGAACCACACGGGGGCCGGGGUGAUGGAGGUCCGAUCAUAAGGAUCUCCAAAUACCUCAAAGAGGCACGAGACUUGGGGUGCAAACCCUUCAAUGGAGCAGGUGACAUCUCGGUCGCCGCGGAAUGGAUCAAGAGGUUGAAUGAAGCAGCCCUUGAUAUGCAACUCACCCCCGAAUUCAAGCUAAGAGUGGCAGUAAGAUUGCUUGAAGGGAUGGCAUCCACAUGGUGGGAUGGAGCCAAGGGGAAGUAUGGCAAUGUUGUGACUUGGGAGAAUUUCCGACAGGAGUUCUUUGCCCAAUACUAUUCUGAUUUUGAGGUGAACAAUAAGAGGAGAGAGUAUACCCUCCUAACCCAAGGUGUCAAGAUGACGGUGAGGCAACUUGAACACAAAUUCAGGGAACUCACGGAGUUCAUACCGGAGUAUGUCUGUGAUGAGAACCGGAUGGUAAAUCACUUCUGGGAUGCCUUAGACUUGGAGGUGCGUGAGAGGGCAACGCAGUUGCCUAACAUGACUUUUAGCCAGGUGGUCGAGCAGGGAUUGAAAGGGGAGAAGGAAUGGGAAGAAAGAAAGAUGAAGAACGCCGAAGAGGCGAAGAAGAGAAAAUGGGAGAGUCACGGCUCCCAAGGUUCCAACAAAAAGGGGAACCAUGGAGGGGGAUCUUUCCGUGCACCGCCGCCACCAUCUAGGGGGAACCAGGGCUCGAGCAGGCAUGACUCGGGGUCACAAGCCUCGGGGACGCCUCGUUGCUUGAAUUGCAAGAAGAGUCACCUCGGAAAAUGCCAUGAACCUCCUAGAUGCUUCCAAUGCGGGAACACCGGGCAUUUGAAGGCGCAUUGCCCACAAUUGGGUGGGCCAAGGUCAUCGGGACCAAGUAGCGGGGCUACGGGAACAAGAAACCAAGCCGGGGGUUCCCAAGUAACCAGGGGGCAAGGGGGAGCAAGCGCGAGCAACGCGCCGUCCGUGAACCAAGGAAGGACCCAGGCUAGGGUCUACGCGAUGACGGAGGCGGAUGCUCAAGCUAACCCGGAUUCCGUUGCAGGUAUUACCUUUUGUAUACUUGUGUUUUACCCUUGAUUAGUCCAUAAAUUGAGGUUGCUAGUCGUUGGGAUCAUUGCACGAAGUUUUGGGGUCAAACGGAGCGAAAUCGGGCGAAAGACGGCUGAUUUCCGCCAACGCACACCAGGCUGGACCAUACGCACGGCCGUGCGUUGUCCGUGCGUUGGUCCGUGCGUUGGUGGCAGUAGCCACCGGGAAUAAAUUGCUAUACGCAUGGCCGUGCGUUGUCCGUGCGUUGGUCCGUGCAUUGGUGGCAGUAGCAACCGGGAAGAAAUUGCUAUACGCACGGACGUGCGUUGUCCGUGCGUUGGUCCGUGCGUUGGUGGCAGUAGCUCCUUUUUGAGGUUAUAAGACACGCACGCCGUGCGUACCUCCUAGGCACGCCGUGCGUACCUCCUGGGCAGCCCAAAGUCGACUUUUUCGCGCCGUAUUGCAACGUUAAGACCCGUUCUUGAUCCCAAACACGUGUGUGAACAUAAUAAACCUCUCUAAAUGUAAAAGAAUGGUAGGAAAGGUAUCUCACAUGACUUAUAAAUGUAGGAACACUAAAGAUUAAUGGGAAGCAUGCGCGAAUCCUUAUCGAUACCGGAGCGCAACGUUCAUUCGUAAGUGAGGCGUUCGCCGAGGGCUUAGAGAUACAAUCAAUACCAAUGACGCAAACUUUAGUGGUAUCAACACCACUAGGGGAAGACGUUGAAAGAACCAAUUACUAUCCAUCUUGUAUGGUGGAAAUCGGUGGCCAAACCUUGACGUGUGAUUUCGUACCGCUGAGUAUGAUGGAGUUCGAUGCAAUCCUAGGGAUGGAUUGGCUAGAAAAGCAUCAUGCUAGCGUAGAUUGCUACACAAAGGUUUUGGAACUUGAAGGCAAUGAUGGGGAUACCCUACGCUUCGAGGGGGACCGAGGCAAAUCAAACAGCUGUAUCAUAUCCGCUGUGAGAGCGAGAAGUAUGAUGAGAAAGGGAUGUCACGCUUAUCUGGCAUACGUGGUUGACAAAACCAAGGAGGAAACGAACAUCGACGACGUGAGGGUGGUUUGUAAGUACCCGGAUGUCUUCCCAAAGGACCUGCCGGGGCUUCCACCUGAUAGGGAGAUUGAAUUUGUGAUCGAGGUCGAGCCCGGCACCAAACCAAUCUCCAUACCGCCAUACCGUAUGGCACCCGCUGAACUUAACGAGUUGAAAACCCAAUUGCAAGAGCUUUUGGAUAAUGGUUUCAUUAGACCAAGCCACUCCCCGUGGGGAGCACCGGUUCUUUUUGUGAAAAAGAAAGAUGGGACACUUCGAAUGUGCAUUGACUAUCGUCAACUGAACAAGGUCACAAUCAAGAAUAGGUAUCCUUUGCCUAGGAUUGAUGACUUGUUUGAUCAACUACGAGGAGCAACCGUGUUUUCGAAGAUUGACUUGAGGUCGGGGUACCAUCAAUUGAAGAUUAAGGAAGAUGACAUACCAAAGAGUGCUUUCCGCACAAGGUAUGGGCAUUUUGAGUUCCUUGUUAUGUCGUUUGGGUUAACAAACGCCCCAGCGGCAUUCAUGGACUUGAUGAACCGAGUAUUCCAUAAAUACUUGGAUCGAUUCGUGAUUGUGUUCAUAGAUGACAUCUUGAUUUACUCAAAGAGUGAAGAAGAGCACGAGGAGCACUUGAUACUUGUUCUAGAGACACUACGGGAGAAGCAACUUUAUGCCAAAUUUUCUAAAUGUGAAUUUAGGCUAAAGGAAAUUGGCUUUCUCGGGCACGUGGUUUCGGGAUCGGGAAUUGCUGUUGAUAACAAGAAGAUAGAGGCCAUUACCGAAUGGAAUAAAUGGCUGAAGAGAUUGUUGGCAGUUUGAGCUGAGCGAGUUUUGUCUGGGGCAUGCGUGUUCGGGAUAAAAGAAGACUCACCAUUCCACCGGCUAUGGGGUAUGGAGAAAACGGUGCUGGAGCGGCUAUACCACCAAACUCAUGGCUUCUUUUUUAUGUCGAGUUAAUUAAUGUAAAUUGAUUCAUGUAAAUUGAUUCACCCGUAUUCUCUCUUUGAAAGUGUCAUCUUUUUCCCUUUUGGCCUCCUCUUUCUUUUUAUUAGCAAUCAAUUUUGAAACAUUUUGUAAUAUUGCAACUAUGUUAUGAAUUAUUGAACGUUUUGUAGGGUGGACUAGAGAUAUGAUUUUGCUCUCUUCUGGUUAAAAGCACAUGUUAAAGUUUUGAUCA